UGUCCCUUUCUCAGCCUUCUAACCUCCUCUCCGCCAUCCAACUUAACUCCCGCAACAGCUUCCCUUUCUUCCCCUGUUGUUUGCCACUCACCUCAUCUGGAAUUUAUUCCAUUUGAUAAUUUUAAUCCCAAUCCUUUGCUAAUCCUCUUGAUUUGAAGAUGGCCGAAAUCCGUCGCAAGCUUGUCAUCGUCGGUGAUGGUGCCUGCGGUAAGACUUGUCUUUUGAUUGUCUUCUCCAAGGGUACCUUCCCUGAGGUUUAUGUCCCCACUGUCUUCGAGAACUAUGUUGCCGAUGUCGAGGUUGAUGGCAAGCGUGUCGAGCUCGCUCUUUGGGAUACGGCUGGUCAGGAAGAUUAUGACCGUCUCCGUCCUCUCUCGUACCCCGACUCUCACGUCAUCUUGAUCUGCUUCGCAGUUGACUCGCCUGAUUCCCUUGACAACGUUCAGGAGAAGUGGAUUUCCGAGGUGCUUCACUUCUGCCAGGGACUCCCUAUCAUUCUCGUCGGAUGCAAGAAGGAUCUUCGCAAUGACCCUAAGACCAUUGAGGAAUUGACCAAGACCUCCCAGAAGCCAGUCACCGCCGAACAGGGUGAGGAAGUUCGCAAGAAGAUCGGAGCUUACAAGUACCUCGAAUGCUCUGCACGAACCAACGAGGGUGUCCGUGAGGUCUUCGAGGCUGCCACCCGGGCUGCUCUCUUGACCAAGACCCACAAGAAGAAGAAGGGGUGCACCAUCCUGUAAACUAGUUUUGUCUCCUUCACAAAAGGUCUGUGUUUAAUGCGGAGAUUAUAUGAACGGAUAAGGGUAUCGACUAUUUGGUGUUUUCUUUUACUCAGA